AUGCCUGACAAUCAGGCAAGUCUUCCAUCCGGUCCCUCGUUCACGCACACCGCGGGGCGCAAGGCUCCGUCAUACAGGUCGUACUUCACCGACCCUUUCGGCCAACUCCUCAGCUCCAUCAACCGCAGGGAUCUUGCCGUCACUUUCCUACGCAGCAAACCCGCCCAUGCUUUUCGGGACGGUGCUCGGGAGGUGCUGGACGCAGACUGGUGGGCGGUUACCUUCCGUCACAAGGACGACUACCUUCACGCACUUGCGGUCCGCGAUCGCCUCGAAAAGGACGAAAGAGAGUUGGGCUCGCUCGUGUACAAGGCUCUGAGCGCCAGCAACGUUGACGAGGAGGGCUUGAUGCUCGAGUGCGGCCGGGCAUACGGAGCGCUGCUCAAGAGUCUCGCUGUACCCGGCAAAGGUAUCAACGCGCCUGGCGGUUUCGUCUAUGUCAACGGCAAGCCGGUGUCGACGACGUUCGAGUCGCUUUCGCAUCGCCAGUCCGUCGGCAUCUCAUCGAUCUUCUUCCCCGUCCCCAGGCAGGCGUUCGCGAGGUGGUAG